AUGGGAGUUCUAAAGUCAGACGCAAUCUUCGAAGAUCUCAAAGAGCGUCUCGCCAAUACGUGGAUAGUUGAUGCGAAGGUGAGCCUGAUUGUAAUUCUGGUCUUUCUUGUACACAGAAUUCCAAUCCUCCUCGAAACUCAGCUAUUUUGCUUUCAGAGCCACCCACCUUACGUAGGACAUGAGGAUAGACCAUUCGAUUGUGAAGUCGACAUAAAAGAGAAAGAUUUUAUGAAGAUGGUUGCGGGAAAACUGAGGCCGGAUCAGGCAUUCAUGCUAGGAAAGAUGAGAUUGAAAGGAAUCGUGGGAAAAGCAACGAGGCUCAAGUCGCUCUUCAAGCCGUCAAGUCCAAAGGCAAGGUUAUAG